AAGCUUGCAAUUUCAAGAGAAUUCUGGUCACUAUCAUUAUGGGGUGGAGGGUUCAGAGUUUAAAGCAUCCAUUUUGUUCUGUAACUAUCUCCUUGCAGUAAAAAAAAACCCAAAAAAUCAAACAAACCCUGAGGAAUGUUGAACCUACGCAAAUGCAAUUUUUGCACUUUUUAAAUAUACUGUCAUGAAGCCGAAGUUUCUCAAGAGCUCAGCAGAAAAUAUAACACAUUCACAGCUAAUCCCUUCCAAGUUUCAGUGGUAUGAGGAAAAAAAAGGUCUCCACCAACUCACUUUUAGAUUGCUUCCUUUCUCUUAAAAAGAAAUGACAAAACAGAGUUUUUAAAAGGGUAGCUGUUCUUUUCAAUGUUCAAUGUGCAGAGAUGAACUUGAGGGCCUUAUGCAAAAUACUUGUUUUGUAGGAUGAUGAGCCCCCAGUUAUUACAUUGUGGCACUUUCCUGUUGAUUCUGCUGCCCAAAUUUGAUUGAUUAGUAUAAAAAAUACCUCCAAAACCAUUUUUCCAAAUGUAAUUUGUCAUUCCCACUUCAGGUGUGGCUGUAUGUUGACUGUAUAGAUUUUUUUGCAUUGAUCUAAUGCCUUGGGAGGUGGGGGACAGUUUUUAACUCUUAAGAGAACAGGGUAGUUUAAUGUCAUGCUGAAUAUACUGUAAACAAAAACUGAUAUACAGUAGCUUAUAAACAUAUUUAUUUUGCAGAGCUCCUUUUGUACGUUAAAUGCACAGCAGUGACUUUUCUCUCUGUUAUACAGAGGAGCCCAUAUACUGUUACACACCACACAACUUCACCCGGGAUCAAGCCUUGUAUGCCAGAGGAUACUGUUGGACAGAGCUGAGAGAUGCAUUGCCAGGGGAGAUAGAUAACUGCUAUCACCGAGCAGCUGAAGGCCGGGCACCAAAAAUCGAAAAACAAAUCCAGUCAAAAGGCCCAGGGAUAACAGAACGCGAAAGAAGAGAAAUCAUUGAGAAUGCGGAGAAGGAAAAAAGCCCUGAGCAAAACCUGUUUGAGAAAUAUCUGGAACGCAGAGGGCGUAGCAAUUUCCUAGCCAAACUUUACUUGGCAAGGCACCUCUUCAUCAUAUUUUUAAGCAUCAUCCCUAUCACAUACUUGUCCACCUAUUAUGCUACGCAGAAACAAAAUGAAUUUACGUGCGCUCUAGGAGAACCUCCUGACAAAACCAGCAAUUCCAAAUUGCUCAUACGGGUGAAUUGCAAACUGCCCUCUGUUCAGCUGCAACGCAUAAUUGCUGGAGUGGACAUUGUCCUCCUUUGUUUCAUGAACUUGAUCAUCCUCAUCAAUUUAAUCCACCUUUUCAUUUUCCGCAAGUCCAAUUUCAUAUUUGACAAGCUGAACAAGGUUGGCAUAAAGACUAAGAAACAGUGGCAGAAAUCUCAGUUCUGUGAUAUUAAUAUCCUGGCCAUGUUUUGCAAUGAAAAUCGUGAUCACAUCAAGUCUCUAAACCGCUUGGAUUUCAUUACCAACGAAAGCGAUCUGAUGUAUGACAAUGUUGUGCGUCAGUUGCUUGCAGCUCUAGCCCAGUCUAAUCAUGAUGUUACCCCAACUGUACGUGAUUCUGGAAUACAAACAAUAGACCCCAGCAUUAACCCUACAGACCUUGAUCCUAAUGAGCCACUAAUCAUCAAGCGUCCUCGAAAGAAAAUGAAGUGGAUCCCGAGUUCCAAUCCCCUUCCUCAGCCAUUCAAGGAGCAGCUAGCUACCAUGAAGGUUGAGAACAGCAAACCUGAGAAGCCAAAGCCAGUGCGUCGGAAGACAGCAGCCGAUAGUCUGAUUGCACCUUUGCUGGAAAACAACUCAAAACCUAUCCAACCAUCCCCCAUUCACAAAACUGAACCUAGUACUCUGUCCAGCACAGGUAAUGAAAAGAAGCAUACACGUCACUUUUCCUUAGAUGUUCAUCCAUAUAUAUUGAGUAAUAAGAAACCCAAGCAAGAAAUUCCAUCCAGUAACUCUAUGGCGAUAUCCAAAAGUCAAGAGAGUGGAUUUUUAAACCAAGAAGAUAAAGCCAUAGUUCGUGUUACUUCUUCUCUUAAAGAUUCUUCCCUUCCUGGAAAAGAGUCCCUUUAUUCCCGUGACAUCUGCAGGACUGUGCCUGCAACGGGGGUUUUCCUCACCUGUGCCCAUAAUCAUAUAGCAACUUCUGGUGCUGCAACAAAGGUCGCUUUGCCCCAGACUAAUAAGGUCAUAGAGUCAGGGCCUGCCCUGAAUUGCCACCCUGUGCAUCCUCUUCUGCACAUCAAUACACUGUAUGAAGAUCAUGAAGAAGAGGGCUCAAACCUUAUAGAUGAUUCUUUAGACAACGGAAUUCACUCUCCAACAGAAAGCGGAGACAUCAUUUCUAUGCCUUCCACAAAACAAAUCAUGCUGGCAACUUUUGAUGAACCCUUGGCAAUAGUGAAUUCUGCGGAAUAUUGACGCACAAUCCAGAACUGCUGUUGAUCAGACCUUCAACCUGAUGUUCCACCUACAGCAGUAUGAACCCUUAUUCUCUCACAAACGACUGCAUGAGCAUGGAGUGCUAAAAUACAGACCACAGGGUUUGCAAUACUCCAGAUCGGUUAUUCAGGGUAGUGUCUUGGCUAAUGUCAAUAGCUUGCAAAAUACGACAAUAAUAAUAAGCCAAUCAAAUUAUUCUAUGCUUGGAAACACAUGCAAUAAAGCACAAGAAACAUUAGCUGUAGCUUCAAGAAAUUCACUACAACUAUCCAAAAUAUUUGAAGUGCUUGAAUGCAUGUCACACCGUGUUUCUUAAAGCACAUACAGCCUUGAAAUUCCAGUUCACUAUGUAAAGUAGCAACAGACGUAAAUGUGUAGGAUAUUUAUUCUUCCAUUUAAAAAAAAAAGCAGGUGUAAAAUUGUGGUUUGUCUUUAAGGUUCUUUUUUAUUUUUAAAAAGGAUAAUUUUUUAAAUAAUGAAAUUGUGUUUCACGGGUAUCCAUUGCUCCCUCCCAUCCCUGAUAUUAGCAUAAAGAAGAAACCAAGACCUAGAUCUUAAUCAUUACUAUGUUUUUGUGUGCCAAGAGAUGAUGAAAAUUAAGAGUUUAUUUUUUUAUUGCCUAUUUUAUUGUGAAUGAGGGUUUUUGAAUCAGAUGCUGUCUUUCCAGAAUGUGGGAAGAGGGUAGCCUAUUGCUGCAUAUUUUUGUUUAAUUGAGUGAGGUUUUUAAAACUAGGUUAAAAACUUUCUAUGAUGAAGCUGUACAGAUGUGAAGAGUAUUCAAAUAGUGCUGCUAAAAUAUUACAAAUCAGUUGAUUUGCAAUGAUACACAAUUUUAGAUGAUGGAUAUUUAAAUCUUUUUUAGGACUUGCCUACACUACAGCAUAACACAAGCCAAAUAGGCACUCUUGACACAUCUAGUAUGUGAUGAUUUAUUCCAAUGGUUGCUUCCUGGAAUGCUGCUAAGGAAAAAAAGCUGGCUCAAACAUGCAAAAGCAUGAUGUAGUACAAACCAAAGCAUUUUUCCUAGGAAAAUUAUUCAAUGAGAAGUUCCUUCAGGGGUGUGGGGGGGUGUGUUUCUAGGCAGGCUUUCCGCGAUACAUAACUUGAAUUGGAUGAUGAAGAGUUUGUUUAGAAUAAUUCCCCUUUUUAAAAAAAAAAAAAGUCUUCCUGUAUAAAAUUUAAUAGAAGUCUAUUAAUUUCAAUUCUUACCCUGAAAAGCAGAGGUUGAUAGGAAGUAUAAGAUUGCUUUGUGUAUAAAUUCUAAUCAAUUUUUGACAUUAUUAACUGGGAUUCUAAUUUAUAAUUGCUAUGGUUCCAUAUAGAUUUAGUUCAUCCUGGAAUUAAAUAAUUAAAUUAACUACUCAAAUUUGCUGUUUUGAGUUGACAGUAACUUCUAGAUUUACAAACUGAUCACCAUAUCAAGAAGAGCUGCUAGUUUAAUGGUGUGUUGGGACAAUCCUGCCCCAACAUAUUUGAAAAUGCAUCCAUUCUUGUUUGAAAUGCUUUUUGCAAAUAUCUACUUUUUGCAAAAAGUAGAUAUUUUUGCAAAUAUCUAAGCUGUUUAGCAUCCUUCAAAAAGCAAUUUCUUUGCUUCUCUUCCCAUCUUUUUGCACUAAUGGGAUCUGCAUUGCCUUUAGAAGUGCUCAAGGGACGACUCAUUAGCAAUCAAAAUGAUGUAUCUCAAAGAGGAAGAAAAGAUUAGCAACCUAAAGCUAAGCACUGCUGAUAUUCAGGGGAGUUCUCAACUACAGGUAGAACAAAAAUGGGCUUUAAAUAGAAGACUUUCUAAAUAACCUGUAUUGGUUUUUGACUUGGACCUUUCACAAGGCAGUCAACACCCAGUGGUACAUCUUAAGGACGGAGGGAUUGGUGUCAACAGAAAUCAAGAUGAUGGUUGCAUAACACAAUUGAAAUCCCACUCCUCUUCAACAUAAAUUGACAUUGCACAUAUAUAAGAGCAAGACUUCAUUCCUGCUUUUGCAACCGCCAUUUUGACUUUUUUUUUAACUCCCUCCAGAUGCCUUUAGUAUGAGCCCAUUAAAGCAAAAAUGGAAGAAAAGACAAUCCAGCUCAACUAAUGAUACGUAACUACCACGGUGGCAAAAAAUUGGGUUUUAUCUCCAUAUGAUUUUAUUCUUCCUUUUCCCUCCAAUGUAGGUACUACAGGUCAGCUUCUGAUUAAGCAGUUUCCACUAAGCAGAUGCCUGUGUUAAGCUGUCAGGUGGUGAAGUCUAAUGUAGCAGGCCACUUUAUGACUUCCUGAGCUUUAAACAUAGGUGUAGCAUUUAAAGCUGAAGCCACAUGCUUGUGCACCAUCAAAACUCAGUUUUAACGGCGUAUCUGUUAAAGAUGAAGCAACAUACCUGCCAGCACUUUGCUAUUCCAGACCGUACAUUAAAGAGAUAAUAAGAAUGUAGUAAGCAUUGUUCUUUUCAUACAGUGUUUACCUUGCUUGGCCUAAAGUGCAUUCUUAUGGCAUAUUUCUUCCUGUAAUUUUGAUGUGAUGUUCAUAAGAAUAGCUCUAGUGUGAUUUUCAAAAAGCAUAUUGGAAAAACUAGCACGCAAUAACCAUUCUUCACGCAAAAACCAGUUUUCAGGAAAAGAGA